ACGCCCACUACUACUUUUCAAGAUGGCCGCUGCUUUGGUAAGAAGAGGUUCUUUCAUAGUUUCAGCCAAGAGGACACCGUUUGGUGCUUUUGGUGGUAAAAUGAAGGACAUAUCAGUUGUCGAACUAGCUGCAAUUGCUAACAGAGCAGCCAUAGAAGCAUCAGGGGCGCCUCCUGAGGCCAUUGAUUCAGUCAUAACUGGAAAUAUAUUACAGUCUUCUAUUGAUGCUGGUUAUAUAUCAAGACAUGCUGCACUCAAGGCUGGUGUACGUGAGUCAGUACCAGCUCUAACUAUCAACAGGUUGUGUGGAUCAGGUUUCCAGUCUGUCGUCAGCGCUGCACAAGAGAUUGAAGUUGGAUUGAGCCAGUGUGUUCUUGCUGGAGGAGCAGAAAAUAUGAGUCAAGCACCUCAUACACUCCGUGGUGCAAGAUGGGGGAUACCCUUAGGCAAAGAACCCAAGCUUGAGGAUACUUUGUGGGCUGGCCUAACUGAUUAUUAUUGCAAAAUGCCAAUGGGUAUAACGGCUGAGAAUUUAGCAGAGAAAUACAACAUAAGCAGAGAAGAAUGUGACCAAUUUGCACUGUCCAGUCAAGAAAGAUGGGCAAAUGCUAAUGCUGAAGGGUAUUUCAAUGCUGAGAUUGCUCCAGUUGAAGUGAAGGUAAAGAAAGGAAAGGAGAUGUUUUCUGUUGAUGAACAUCCUCGACAAACUACGAUAGAGAAACUCUCCUCUUUGCCACCUGUAUUUAAAGAAAACGGAACAGUUUCUGCUGGAAAUGCCUCCGGCAUUUGUGAUGGAGCCGGUUCUCUUGUUGUAGCUAGUGAGGAAACAAUUUCAAAGUAUAACUUGAAUCCAUUAGCUAGAGUUGUUGGGUAUGGUCUAACUGGUGUGGAUCCAACCAUAAUGGGGAUUGGACCAGUCAAUGCUGUACGUAGUCUGUUGUCAAUUGCUGGACUGACACUUAAUGAUAUUGAGCUAGUUGAAGUAAAUGAAGCUUUUGCUCCACAGACAUUAUCAGUCAUUAAAGAAUUAGGACUAGAGAAAGAGAGGACUAAUGUUAACGGAGGAGCUAUAGCAUUGGGUCAUCCAUUGGCUGCUUCAGGCUCACGUAUACUAGCUCAUCUUGUCCACGAGAUGAGGAGAAGAGGAGCCAAGUAUUCCAUUGGAUCUGCUUGCAUUGGAGGAGGACAAGGAAUAGCAGUACUACUGGAGAACACACAAAAAUAAUAUUAAUAAUAAU